CGAUCCUUUCGUUAACGUGAAAGUAUAACACUGAAACGAGUAGUCACAGAGUAAAAUGUUUGUAAAUAAAGGCACGUGGCGUAACAUGUCAACAAUGAUUUUGAAUUGACAAUUAUUUUUUAAAUAGUUACAUUUAAAGCAAACUAUAGCCUGUUUCGUUGAUCGCGCGUGUAAUUUCGCUGCAUUAGACGGCAUUUGCUCACAUUAGUGGCUCUUGGGUGUCAUUAUCUGGACAUGUGACAACAUGUUUAUUUAAUCAUUGAGAGCAGACGAUAAUCCCACUUGUUAAUUACGCUGUGCACGAUUAGUUAUUGUAUUCUGUAUUGUUUCGUUCAUAGCCAUACCAUGACUGACAUUAAUAUCUUAAGAACUGUUAAUGACACUAUUAGCAAUGUGAAGUUGCAACUUCCAAAAGAACCACCUGAUUAUCUUGGAAUCGAAUUUCUGGAGAAUGAAAUGGAAUUGAUGAACCAGAAGAUCCAAAAUGCUUGUGAAAUGCCAUUAGCAGCGAGUCCUAUCUAUAUGUCAAGAGUAAUAGAUGCCAGAGUAUUGUCAACGGGUGAAGAUGUUAAACAGAUCAUUGAGAUGUCACUUGACAUAAAAGAAGAAAAUAUGUCUUGGCAUCCAGGGGAUACAAUAGGAGUAAUUCCACAAAAUCCAGUGCAGGAAGUAGAGGAGCUGUUGGAAUUGUUGGGUGUUAGAGACAAAGCAAAUAUCCCAGCAAAAAUAUUUGUUAGAACUGACUCUCUGGAAAGGAAUUUUGUUGUACCACCAUAUUUACCAUCAGUUUCAACACUGAAACACAUUUUCUGUACGUGUUUAGAUAUACGAAGCCUACCCAAAAAGGUCCUGCUCAGAGUGUUGGCGGGGCACGCCUCCCUGCCGGAGGAACGACUCCGGCUGGAGCAGCUGUGCAGCCGGCAGGGCACGCAUGACUAUGACGCCUGCAUUGUGGGGACGGGGGCCACCCUGGUGACACUACUACGUGCGUUUCCGUCGUGUCAGCCCCCGGUCACCCGUGUCCUCCAGCUCCUGCCGCGCCUCACUCCGAGGCCGUACUCGCUCGCCUGCUCGGAGGCCCCCCCACAUGUGGUGUUCAGUGUCAUUCCUCGCGGCCUGUGCACCAACUGGCUGAGAAGUCGACUAGAAAUAUUUUGUGACCUGAGUAAAAGGCUCUCGGCUGUGGAACUCGAAGACAGUGUGGAACAGGAUGUUCGGAUUCCAGUGUAUUUUAGGAAGGCGAGCAAUUUUCGCAUGCCUCAUUGUCAUGAGAAACCACUGAUACUUAUUGGUCCUGGAACUGGAAUUGCUCCAUUUAUUGGGUUUCUCCAACAAAGAGAAACUGAACAGUUAAAGUUUCAAAAUAAGAAACUUGGCACAAUCUGGCUAUUUUUUGGUUGUCGCUAUUCUUCACGAGAUUUUAUUUAUAGGUCAGUACUUCAGCAGUUUGUGGAGAAACAGAUCCUGUCACGCUUAUUUGUUUCGUUUUCCCGUGAAAGUGAUGAAACUAGUCCAAAAUAUGUUCAGGAUAAUGUGAGACUUUAUGGGAAAGAAUUUGUAACAAAACUGAUCGAUGAAGGUGGUUCCGUAUUCAUCUGUGGCGAUGCAAAAAAUAUGGCUAAAGAUGUUCAGGAAGCAAUUUCGUAUGUUAUCCAGAAAGAAAAAGGAAUAUCUGAAGAAGCAGCUCAAAACUGUAUAAAAGAACUGAAAAAUUCCGCAAGAUAUGUGCAAGAUGUAUGGAGAUAACUUAGAAUUCAAUUUAGACAUUCGAUCACAGACGAUACUGCAGUUCUCUCUCCGGAUGACCAGAGGUCCCUGCUGAGUAAGAGAUCUGUGCCUUAAUUACUUGUCUUGGCCACUAAGGCAACUCUAUUUGUGAGAUACACACAUAAAAUAAAAUUAAAUAUACAAAGCAGUUGUAAAUGUAAUCCUUCGUCUAUUUCUGUUUCCAAAACACACAAAUAUUUUGCUGUUAUGAAAGUUAUGGCACAAUGUAAAUAAUUUAGACAUAAAGGAGACAGCUGGCCGAAUUGUGGUAGUGCUGAGUCAUAGACUGGCACAUAAAAAGGAAUGGAAAGUAUAGAUCGCUGUUCACAGGCGCGUGCACACGUGCGUGCUGGAACUGAAAUUGAGCAGGGAGGUUGAGGUGGAGGGAGGCAGCAGGAUAUGGGCACGGGAUGCAGCACACAAUCGUGAAGGUGACUACAAUGUAGAGUGCGUGCCGGACCGGAAGAGAAGAGAAGAGCUGAUGGGUAGGGGUGUGGGUAUAGAUCUUAACCUAGGCCCAUCCUGUCCAAUCGGAGGCAGGGCCACCCAUGAAAGGAGCCGUGCUGUGUCAUAUACCAGUUCUGUGGAAAUCUCUGCACAGCAUUUCAUGCGGGCACAAUAACCAAUUCAUUUUCUGCCAGAAAGUAAGGUAACUGCAAAACUAUGGCCAAAGGCAGUGUUGUUGGAACAUGAUGCUACAUGCAACAUGCUCAGGGUCAGUGGCCGCUUUCCUUCACUAUGCAGAUUUGAGUUGGCCUUGCACUGCAUAUUUAUACUAGUGUGUACGCUUUUACUAUUUAGUAAGUCAUCUCCUUUACUCCUAAAUUAUAUAAAUAUAUGUUGUGAAAAUUACAGCCACUGACUAAAUAUCCAAUUUUCCAUUAAACACGCAUCACGUUUCCACAUCAAUUGGAUAGUAAUAUGAGGAAAAAAAAUUUGUAACAUCUUCAAAAGCCAGGAGAUGCUAAA